AUGCCUCACCGGCGGAUGAAAAUCUGGCCGCUGCAGGCGAAAAAGAAAAGCUCACCUCUAAAGGUAGCUGCCGUAGCGACAGAUACGAUCUGUCGGGUCCGGCGAGAGGAUGCUUACCUAAAAGGAAGCAACCGUAGCGGCAGUUUCGAACUGUCGGGUCCGAAAAGAUCAACUAUGGGGUCGAAGAAACACAAGAAGCACAAAUCCGAACGGAAGGAACGCGAAGACAAAGCCAACCUCUGCAAGAAGAAGAAAAAGAAGAAGGACCGGGAGAAGAAGCACAAGCAUCAUAAAGAGAAACGCCGGAAUCGGGACGAUUCGAGCCAGGAGGACUUCAAUAGUUUCGGGGAUGAAAGUUCUCAGGCUCUGCCGGAAGGGAGUGCUUUGUAUGCUCCACCAGUGGCGACCACGCCGGUUAGUAUGGGAAGUCCCGCGUCGCUACCGGUGACAAAGCCGUUCUCGUAA